ACGAUAUUUUGAUUCUUUAGAAGAAGGGUGGAAGGAUGUGUGUGGGGUUAAGGACCUAAGGUCAGAGUUCCAAGCCGGCCAGGCAGAAAGUUUUUUAGAGAGGGGACCAGAAGGAAAAAAAGCCUAAUCAAUUAUCAGUGGAAGGAAUGAUUAAGCCCACCACCGCCCGCUCCUCUUUUCUUUAGUGAGAAAAGAAAACACCGCCCACUCCUCUAAAGCAAACAGAAACAGUUUACUGUGUCGUAAACAUGAUUAUCGAAUGUCAUUAACCAAUGUGCAUACCGGGAGUUGCAUCUUCAGUUCAAUUGUUCAUCCAUAACUAAAUAGGGUUGCUGAUUUGUAAAACUCGAAUUUGUCUACUCUCGUGAUAGAUUUUUGUAGUGUGUUAAUUCGAUGGUCAUAUACGACUUGAUGAUCAACAUGGAUGACAACCUAAUUCGUACCCGUAGAUCAUCAAGAUCGGUGGAUAUAUUACUCUAUCGGUGCAAAAUUUGGCAGGUGAAGUAGGGUAAUGGGUUUGAUAAUUGUUUCGUGGUUAUGCUUCAUUAUGAUAAUCUGGACUUUGUAGGAUAAUAGGAAGAAAAAAAAUUGACCCGAUCCCUUAUUUUAUUUUUAUCCUAUUAUCCUGCCAGACAUUCUUGUCUUCCCUUCCAAUUUUUAUUUAUUUAUUAAUAAACAUAAAAGCAAUAAAAAGAAAAAGCAAGAAUGAGUCAAAAAAGUAGAGGGAGUCCAGCAUUCCCAUUUCCCUUCAAAAUUUUAUUUUUGGCUGGAAUUUCUUUCUGCUAAUGAUCCCUUUUCUCUCCUUUCUCAAUCCUGCAUGCCUUCCUUUUCCAACAAUGAUCUAUCCUCCUCCAUGUUCCAAUCUGGCUCUACCCCAUUCACCAUUCCCAUUUUCUUUCUUCUCCGCCACCACACUGAAAAACCAGAUCACCAAACAUAAUUCGGCUUUUACAGUUCCCUCGCUGUAGAGAGUCUCUAUCCUUCUCCUCCUCCUCAAUUGUACAGCAGCCGAUCAUCAUCACUCCGUGAACUUGCCCCGAGAUUCGCUUUAUAGGUAUUGAAUUCUCAUCCAUCCCUCUUGUUCCUCUAAGCUUUCUUCCCUCCAUUUCCCACAACAUUCGAUUUCCCAGGUGGGUUUUUGCUCAAUCACCUGAAAAAAUUCUGGGUUGAAUGAAUUAUUGCCUGUCAUAGAUCUACUGACCAUGAUCGUGUCUGAUUGCUGUUUUGCUAGGGGAAAGAAACUAGGACAAUCAGAAGAAUAGAAAAAGCAGGAAGGGGGGAAAAGAUGGUGGUUGAUACGAUGAGAAUUGCAGUUGAUGGUAAGAGAUAUUCACUUCUGACGAUCAAGAUGUGCUCCAGAUGGAUCCGCAGGCAUCCAGUUCUGGUGUCUGCCCUCUGCGUCUUGGUAUUUCUGUACAGAUCUUUCCCGUUUUGCUUCUCCGUUUUGGUCUCUGCAUCCCCUGUUCUGUUCUGCACUGCGAUUCUGCUUGGUACCCUCUUGAGCUUCGGGGAACCCCACAUCCCCGAAAUUGAUCUCCAUAACCCCGAACUAGUAGCUACUACUAGCAGUACUCACCACGACGUUAACUUGUUCGAGAAACAUGGAUUGACGUCGUCGGAGGAGGACCACGUCACUGUGGUUCAGAGAGCGGAUAACGAAGUGGGCUCCGUGGUGGAGAUGAAGGGUAGUGUAAUUGAGGAAGAAGAUGGAAGAAGUAAGAGUUGUUCCCCUGUUGUUGUUGUUGAAGAGAAGUCUAGAGAGAUUCAGUUUGCAGAGCAAGUGGAGAAAGUGUUCAGCGAGCUGGAGAUGAAGUUGAGAAAGAAGGAGGAGAAUGGUGGUGGUGUCGGUGAGAAUCAUCAGUAUGCUCGUGUGGGAGACUUGGGAGAUAAAGAUGAUAAUGGCAAGUUGGGAAAUGGCGAGAAUGACGAUGGUGGUGUUACUAUGUCUGUAGGGGAGUUUCUUGCUUCUCAAUCUGGGAAUCGGUCAAUGGAAGAAAAGGAAGAAGAAGAGUGUGAGGAAUGUUCGGAGGAUUCGGGGUCUGAUGGAGCUGAGAGCUCUUCACCGGAUGCUUCAAUAGCCGACAUUAUGCCAAUGCUUGACGAGCUUCAUCCACUUUUAGACGAAGAAGCUCCACAGCAAGGGCUGAUUUCUCGUUAUGGCUCUGCUUCUGAAGGAUCUCAGCGUAACAGAGAUAGUAGCAGUGUUGAUUCGGAGGAAGAUUCAGGCAAUCAUGUGGAUGAAGAAGAAGAAGAGGAGGAAGGAGUAGAGAGUGAAGGUGCCCAAACUGGUAAAGAGGACGAGAGCAAAUCGGCCAUUGUGUGGACCGAAGAUGACACGAAGAAUCUCAUGGACUUGGGGACUUCAGAGCUUGAACGGAACCAGAGGCUGGAGAGUCUAAUUGCUAGAAGGAGGGCUAGGAGGAACUCGAGAGCUGUGAUUGAGAAGGAGAAGAAUCUAAUAGAUUUCGAUGGUGGCGGUGAUCUUCACUUUAAUGUGCCACACAUUUCGACAUCUAGACGGAACCCAUUCGACCUCCCGUAUGAUUCAUAUGAUGAUGCUCCUGGUUCUGCUCCUUCCAUAAUGUUGAAGAGAAGAAACCCUUUUGAUUUGCCAUAUGAUUCCGGGGAAGAAAAGCCCGAUCUCAAAGGGGAAAGUUCUGAUAUGGAAUUCGCAGGGUUUCAACAUAGGGAACAACAACCAGGGCCAGUGUUCAGGAGGCACGACAGUUUCAAUGUUGGGCCCUCAUAUCUUGGCGGAUUUGUUCUUCCUCCUCCCAACAAGCAAGAUAGGCUGGAUGUUCUAUGGAAACCUUAUUUCUUGCCCGAACGGUUUGUUCAUAAUCAUGAAGGAACAACAACAAGCAGCAGCAACUUCCCAGGUGGUUUCCAGAGGCAGUUGAGUGAAAUUAGUGAAUCGAAGAUGAGCUCGAUUCCCGAUACUGAAUCAGUGAUUUCGGUGUUGGAAGAAGAAGAGGACAAGAAGAAGCUAAUAAGUGAAAAAGAUGUACAUCACGAGAUGGAAUCAGAAGAACUGAUUGCUAAUAAUGUUGAUACCUCUUCGGUGUUGGUUGAACAUGGAAGUCUGUCGUCGUCAUCUGUUGACGGCAUUGGUGAUAAUGAUGCAGAACCUGAUGAAAGGAGAAGAGACAUUCAUCAUCAUCAUGAAGCGGAUAUAGAAGAGAUGAAUACAAGUGAGAUCCUGUUGCGAAUGGUUGAACCGGAUGGUGACGAGGAAUAUAGCAGUCCGUCAAGUUUGUCAUCAUCUUCUGAACCAGGCGAUGACAAGAUAACUGAUGGGCAGAAGGUAUUAUUGACAAAUCAUGAGAUGAAAGUUGAGGUUCCGACAACACAGACCCUGCUCCACGUGAAUUCUCAUCCUGAAAAUGAUGGCCCAAGAGUUUCAACAGACACUCUAGACCGUCAUUCCAUAGGUUCAACGGUGGAUGAAAGUAAGCAUGAGGAGCCUGUUUUUGACUCGAGUCCCCCGGAACUGGAUAAAUUUCUCUCCUUUUCUUCGAUUUCUUCUGAUAUACAAGCAGAAAUAGCAGAAAUGGCAGAGAAGGCAUAUUUGAGCAAAAAGGGCCUUCUUCAACUUAACCAGGACGACCGACUGGAUUUAUCCAGUUCUCGUCCAUCAACAACUGCAGAGCAAGAUGAAGAAGUCAAAGUUGUUACGUUGAGAUCCAGCGACCAUGAAGUACAAUGGUCCGAAAAAUCCAUGGUUGGACCAUCUUAUGGCAAUCAUGAACUGCUGGAACCAUCAGUGAGGAAUAUAAAGUCUGUUCCCAAGGACAGUGAACUUACCUUAGAGCGUUCAAGUCCAACAGAAGCAUUUUGGUCACCUGAAUCUGCGGGCAGUUUCAACUUUGAGGAAGAUGAAAUGAAAGAGAUAGAUGAAGGGUUACUAUCAGAACUCGAUACAGUUGGGGAUUUUAGAGUCAAAGAAGUUGAUGGUGAACAGCAGAUUAUGUUACAAAAUGGAGGAGUCAGUACCAGCGAACCACUAGUCAAACAAAUAAGUUCCAACUUGCAAGAUGCGGGUACAGAGCAUUCUCUUGAGAACACAAAGCAGUUGCCUGAAACAGUAGAUGAGGAUAUUCAUACCAGGGAGCUUCCAGUUCUAGAAGUUAGAUCAACAGAGGAUAUUGACAUGGCUUUCAAGCAAUUGCAUGAAGGAGCUGAAGUUGAGGAGGUCAUCCUUCCAAGUACCAUUAAGCUGCAGCAGUCACUCGAAGACAAAGAUACAUUUGGAAGUCCUGAUGUGCAACCCUCCACACCCUUGCAAGUUAUUGAAGCUAGGUUUGUAGAUGAUAUUCAUGUUGCCUUGACGCAACAAGCUCCCAAGGGUAGCGACAAGAACCUCCCAGAACGAUCUGAUUCAUUACAAGUGACUACAGAGGGGACUUCCAUGACUGAGCUCCCAGUUCUUGAAGUUAGAACCGCUGAAGAUAUUGACUUGGCCUUCAAGCAACUGCACGAGGGAGCUGAAGUUGAGGAGGUCAUCAUUCCUAGUACAAUUAAGCAGCAGCAGUCACUUGAAGAAGAAAAUGAGUUUGGAAGCCCUAAUGCACAACCCUCUACGCCUAUGCAAGUUGUUGAAGCGAAGAUUGUCGAAGAUAUUGAUUUUGCUGUUAUGCAACGAGCUUCUAAUGGAAGUAGUCACAAGGAUCUUCCAGAACCAUCCAAUUCAGAAAGCAGGCAACUGAGUGAAGAUGACCUUUCUAUUUCUAAUAAAGAACUUCCUGUUCUUGAAGUUAAAACAGCUGAAGAUAUUGACUUGGCCUUCAAGCAACUCCAUGAAGGAGCUGAAAUUGAGGAGGUUAUCCUUCCCAGUGCAAUUAAGCAGCAGUCACUUGAAGAUGAAUUUGGAAGUCCCAAUGUGCAGCCCUCUACACCUUUGCAAGUUGUUGAUGCAAAGUUUCUAGAAGAUAUCCAUGCUGCUGUGGGUCAACAAGCUUCUAAGAGCAGAGACAAAACUCCACAACCAUCAGAAUCAACAGCUAUACAACCCUCUGAGAAGGAGAUUUUUAGCACAGAGCUUCCAGUUCUUGAAGUUAGAACAGCUGAAGACAUUGAUUUAGCCUUCAAGCAACUUCAUGAAGGAGCAGAAGUAGAGGAUGUCAUCCUUCCAAGCACAAUUGAGCAGCAGUCAGCUGAUGAUGAAUUUAGAAGUCCCAGUGAGCAACCCUCUACACCUUUGCAAGUUGUUGAAGCCAGAUUCCUAGAAGAUAUCCGAGCUGCUGUUAUGCAACAAGGCUCUAAAGGCAGUGACAGAGACUUUCCAGAAUCAUCUACAACAGGCUUUCAAGUGACCACAGAGGAGGAGGAGAUUCACGACAAGGAGCUUCCAGUUCUUGAAGUGAGAACAGCUCAAGACAUUGACUUAGCUUUCAAGCAACUUCAUGAAGGAGCAAAACUCGAGGAGGUCAUUCUUCCCAGCUCAAUUGAGCAGCAGGCAGCAGCAGAGGAUGAAUUUAGAAGUCCCAGUGAGCAGCCUUCUACUCCUUUAGUAGCUGUUGAAGCCAGAUUUAUAGAAGAUAUCCACACUGCCAUUAUGCACCAAGUUUCUAAAGGUAGUGAAGGGGAGCUUCCAGAACCAUCUGAUUUUGUAGGCACACAAGUGAAAGCAAAAGAGGUUACUGACAAGGAGCUUCCAGUCCUUGAAGUUAGAACAGCUGAAGACAUCGAGGUGGCUUUCAAGCAACUUCAUGAAGGAGCAGAACUCGAGGAGGUCAUCCUUCCCAGCACGAUUAAGCAGCAGUCACUUGAAGAUGAAUUUAGAAGUCCUGAUGAACAACCCUCUACACCUUUGCAAGUUGUUGAGGCCAAACAUAUAGAUGAGAUUCAUGCUGCUGUGCAGGAAAUUGCUUCUAAGAGCAAAGUCCCAAGCUUUCCAGCUCCUUCUGAUUCAGCAGAGUCGCAACUAACUGAAGAGCAUAUUUCUGGAAAAGUGCUUCCACUUCUUGAAGUCAAAACGGCUGAAGACAUUGAUUUGGCAUUCAAGCAGCUCCGUGAAGGAGCAGAAGUUGAGGAGGUCAUCCUUCCUAGCACAAUUAAGCAGCAAUCAGAAGAAUAUAAAUUGGGAAGUCCUAAUGAGCCACCUUCUACUCCCUUGCCAGUUGUUGAGGCAAGGUUUGUAGAAGACAUUGAUGCUGCAGUGAUGCAUCAAUCUUCUAAGGGAAGUGCCAUGGAGCUUCCAGAAGUUUCUGAUUCCGCAUUGGGACAAGCAGAAAGCACUCAAGCGGAUCAUAGUCAUCCGAAUGAUUCUAGGAAUCCGGAAGGAGAGCAAGUGCUUCCAGUUCUCGAGGUUAGAACUGCCGAAGACAUAGAUUUGGCCUUCAAGCAACUCCAUGAAGGAGCAGAAGUCAAUGAAGUCAUAGUUCCCAGUCAUAUAAAGCAGCGGUCACUUGAAGAAGAUGAAUUUAGAAGCCCCAAUGAGCAACCCUCUACGCCCUUGCAAGUUGUUGACGCGAGAUUUGUGGAAGAUAUCCAUACCGCCGUCAUGCAACAUGCUUCCAAGGAUAAUGACAACGAGGUGCAGAAAACCUUCUGAUUCUGCCAAAGAAAUGGCAGCCCGACUGGUUUGGAGACGAAUGGGCAACAACCCAGUUCAGUUGCUUCCCUGUCCGUGUUGUUUCAAUCAAUUCCAACAUGGAAGGUUAAAAACAAACGCAGAGCAAAAAAGUUGGAAUAUUUUGUGGGUUUGAGUUUUUCUCCCCCAUUUUUGGUUUAAUGGGGGUAUUCAUUAUAUUUUGUGGCGGAGUAUUUUUGGCUUAGUGAUUGAUUGGUUUUGAUUUCUUUGUACUUUGGCAUAGUUUGCAAGCUUUUUGUGUUUUAUUGCUACCUAGUUUUCUCAGGAAAAUAUCUCAAAAUACACAUAUGUUUCUAAUUUUUUUCCCCCAAAAUACACACGAUUUAUGACAAAUUCCCAAUCUACACAUGUUUGGACAUCAUUGUGGUCGUCAACGAUUCACCGCGGUAGACGAAAGCGGUGAAUGCAUCACUACGACAUACUAAAGUUUUAGGAUGAGAUGUUACAGUGAAUAUAUAAAAAAUUAUGAAGACAUAUAAUUGAGUGAUUCGCAAUAUUGUUCAUAAGAUGUCGUGGAAAUGAAGAAGCAAACAUCUAGCUCAUACUCUAUUUAAUUAAGACGAUUAAUAUUG